AUGGGGAUGUCUACGCAUGCUUGGGAAGACACUUGGAGUGAACAGGGUCCCCUAAUCCAUUUGCUUUCGUAUAGGUUCAUAAAUGGCCAUGAGUUUCAUAAUAACUCUACGGUUUCUGACCUCAUACAACGGUUUGGUAAUGUGUGGCCGGAUGAAUGGAUACAAUGGUUUCCCCAGUUGCAACAAAUUGUGAUCCCUUCCCCUAGUCCUUUAGAGGAUACGAUUAGGUGGCUUGAGCCUAAUAAUAAUAGGCAGCUUAUUACGGUGAAGGUGGCAUGGCAAACUUUGCAAGAAGUGGGACCGAUUGUGCAUUGGCAUAAGGUGGUUUGGAAUAACGCAUACAUACCUAAACAUGCUCUCUGCAUGUGGAUGGCUUGUCAGAAAAGAUUACCGACCCAAGACCGCAUUUGCCAGUGGAAGCAUGAACCCCCUUAUCUGAAAUGUGUUUUUUGCAACUUGGUGAUUGAAACGCACAAUCACUUAUUAUUUGAAUGCGACUAUUCGAGUAGUAUUUGGGAGGUAAUAAAGAGGGAAAUAGGGAUCCAGAUGUGUCCGGACAAUUGGGAGGAUAUCGUUAAUAUGGGGAUAUUGCAAGGGUGGAAAUUGUGGUCUACGGUUCAAAAACUUGGUAUCUCGGCUACAGUGUACCACAAAUGGAUGGAAAGGAAUAGAAAGUUUUUUGACAAUCAUAACCGUACUGGAGCUCAAGUAGUGGCUGAUAUCAAGACACAGAUUCUUGAAAGAAUGGCGUGGAAGACAAGGAAGAAGCUUACGAGAAUCAAUGAUACGUGA